GAGCAUUCGUGGAAAAAAAGUCCUGUCAUGGUUAUAGCUGUAAAGGAAUGUGUUUGGAAGAAAUAUGGAAACACAGUGAUCCUAACAGGCUAUCUGAAUAAAAAGAUCAAAGAAGAAAAGCUACUGCAAAUGCCAGCCAUAGCCUCCAGAAUGAAGGAGUUAAAGUCAUGGUACCUCAAAAAGAAGAAGAAGGCAUCAAAAGAAUUGACUAUCAAAAGCUGCAUGAAAUCAGAAAGUCAUACUACUGCCAACAACAAAAGAUUGACAAAAGCAAGCUGUACAAUUACAAGUCCUCCUAAAGACCAGGAAGAUGCCCUUUCAAAUGAUGAACAGAAGAAUGGGACAGCAUCCUUGGGGUGUGAAUCAGAAAAUCUAAAGGAAAGAAAAACGGGAAAUAAAAGGAAAAGUGAUUCGAAAUCCGAUGUUGCAAGAAAGAAAAUAAGAACAGGAGAGAAAUCAGUAGCUAAAGAGUCUUCUGAAAUGUUUCAAAAAAAAAUUGAUAACUCACAAAGCAGUAAGGAACUGGACACUAUUUAUGCCCAGGGAUGGCAUCAUAGUGUGGGUUAUUUGGUAUGUGGAAAAACAGGAGGAACAGCAUUCAGAGUUGGCAGUCGUUACCUGAUGACAGCAUUCCAUGUGAUUAGAGACAUUCUAGAAAUGUACAUGUUGGAAAUAAUAAAAAAUGCCCAGUCAGACCCAAAUCGCAAUGGCAAUUAUGCUAAGUUACUGGAAAAACUGAAUGUUAAAGAUUCUGGAUCUGAUGUAGAAAUGAAAAUAAGAAAUGGGAUUUUGGAAUGGCUGGAAAAUUCCAAGAGUCGUGGUUAUGUGAAGAUCAGCAACUUACUUAGUGCAUUGAAGGACACUGGGUUCUUAUUUGCAAAAGAUCAAGCAAUGGAAUUUAUCCAGAGCAACCUUAUGUAUGUAUAUUUUGGUUACAUGACAAAUGAAGACUACAGUUCAAAAUAUACAUUGAACAUUGACAUCCCAUUCUUUAGUCAAACAGAGGCAGAUGAUGUGGCUUUGCUAGAACUUAACUGUUCAGAAUUAUCUCUACCAAAACAGUUUACUUUGGAUAUAUGGGGCAAUCAACCAGAAAAUGUCUACAUCAUUGCACAUCCAUCUGUGCAUGGAAAUGGGCAAAGAUUAGACAGUGAAUGUCCAUUGCUUUCAGAUACUGAAGUAUGGGAAACUCACUACAAAGCCGUUAAGUGGUGGAAAAAAAAUUUUCCAGAUGAGGAUCCAGAAAUGAUCAGAAAUAGUUAUGAUUAUGCAUGUAAUGAGAGAAAAGUACAUUUUCACUGCUCUAAAACUACAACUCACGGGGCCUCUGGUAGUCCUGGUAUCAUUGGUUUGGAAAAAGGUGUGGCAAAAGUGUUUUUAAUGCUUAAAGAGGGAAUUCCAGCUUUUGCACACUCAAGGAUGAAGGAAAAACUGGAGACUUGUCCUAAGGAAUACCUUAUUGAGAGUGGUAUUACCAUGCGCCUUGUAUAUGAUGUUUUAAGUAAAAUACCAGAGCUAAAAGAAUUGCGGGAUGACAUUUUUCACAACUGAAUUUGAUUUGUGUUUAUUAUACAUUUAAUGAGGGUUGUUUCAGGAAAAUGUCACGUUUUUCGUUAUCUUUUGCUUUAAUUAUAGGAUUAAAAAUUGGCAAACAUUAUAAUCAAUAUUUUUUUUAAAAAUCUCUAAAAAAUUCAAUGAAAUAUCUGUAUAAGUAACACUUUCCUCUCAGGUAAACGGAUCUAAUGAAAUCAGCUAGCUUGUAUCGUUUUUGAAUUUGUUCUCGAAUCUAUGCCUCUAAAAAAGUGAAAAUUUUGUGUUCCAACAUCUAACAUCACCAUUCUAACUAGAUUCUGUUUGAAGUGCUUUGGCACACAUCAUCGUAUAUUCAUUCAUUUAUCAUUAAUGAUGACAAAUAAAUAAAAUUUUGAGCAUGGUACACCAAAUUAUGGAGUAUUAAUAUAGGAAAAUCAUAUUUCUGUACAAUAUCUUAACAAAGAAAACUUCCUUGACAAUGCUAUAUGAAAAAGUCAUACCCACAUUUAACACCCUAAGGUUGCUUUUUUAUAUGCUGUUGACAUUACAGGCCUAUAAUAUUUUGUCAAAAUAAAAAAGAUCAUUUUCCAACAGCAUGUAAAAAAAUAAGUAGUUUUGGUUGAGUAGUAUUUGAAUUGUUAAAAAAAGUUUUCGUUUAUCUGGACAACCCUCGUAUAUGUAUAUAUAUUUGAAGGCACAUUAUUGUAGAUACUUGUAUAUAUAAUGUAUAUAAUGAGUGGUUAUUUGAAUUAGACUGUAAAGUGAACCUUUAUCAAGCUGAUUAAUUUCAGAGUUAGAAUUGUAAAGAAAAUUUUGUGUAGCAAAUCAUUAUUCUAUACCGGUGCUAAAACAUACAGAAACAAAAAUUAUGUGAUU